AUGGCAAUCCUGUUUCUAAUCCUCUUAUUUCUCAUCUACACAGCAACAGCAUCAGCCUCCCUCACGGCCUACCAAGUUAUGGAAGAAUUUGGCUUCCCGGUGGGUCUUCUUCCCAAAGGAGUGUUAGGCUACAAGCUGGACAAUUCCACAGGCAAGUUCUCAGUAUAUCUGAACGGUAGUUGUACCUUUUCCAUUGAUACUUAUGAGCUAAAGUACAAGUCCACCAUAACGGGUGCCAUAGCCAAGGACAAGAUCACAAGCUUAAGUGGCAUCAAGGUUAAGCUACUCAUCCUAUGGCUCAGCAUUGUGAGCGUGACUCAUGAAGAUGAAGAGCUCGAUUUUUCCGUAGGGAUCGCUUCCGCUGAUUUUACAGUUAGUAAUUUCGUUGAGAGCCCCACCUGUGGUUGUGGCUUUAAUUGUGUUAGUGAUCAGAAGGGAAUUAGGAAGAUCAAUAAGUCAUAUAGUCUUUUGUCCUCUUCUCAAGUUAAUGAGGGUUCUUGCUUAGUUUGA